AUGUCAACGGAGAAAAACACAUCCACCAUGACUCCCACCGGCGCCGGCGACAACCUCCACAUCGUCUUCCUCCCUUUCUUCACUUCCAGCCACAUAAUCCCACUAGUCCACGCCGCCAGGCUCUUCGCCGCCCGCGGUGUCCGCUCCACCAUCAUCACCACCGUUCACAACGCCCUAAUAUUCCAAGACUCAGUGGACCGCGACACCGCAGCUGGCUACCCUAUCGCGGUCCACACCGUCACAUUCCCCUCGUCCGAAGUCGGACUCCCCGUGGGAAUGGAAAGCAUAAACACGGCCCCCACCCCAGAAAAGGCGGGGGCCGUGUUUCGUGGCAUGAUGUUACUUAAAACUACAUUUGAACAAGUGAUUCGGGACCUUGCUCCCGAUUGCAUAUUCUCGGACAUGUUUUUCCCGUGGACUGUUGAGCUCGCGGACGAGCUCAACAUCCCGAGACUCUUGUUUUACCCUUCGUGUUUUCUUUAUCACUCCAUUUCUCAUAGUUUGAGGGUUUAUAAACCUCAUGAGAGCGUAAAUUCGGAAUCCGAAAGCUUCGUGGUUCCGAAUUUACCAGAUAAAAUCACAAUGAAGAGGUCUCAAGUGUCCGAACAUUUCAAAACCAAAACUGGAUUAGGUGAAUUUCUUGAAACGAUUCAGCAAUCGGAGAAACGAAGUUACGGAUUGGUGCACAACACGUUCUAUGAGAUUGAACUGGCUUAUGUUGAUCAUUUCAAGAAGGUUAAAGAUACUAAAGUAUGGCAUAUAGGUCCUCUUUUUCAGUUUUUCGUCGGUGAGGGUCGCGACAAUGGUGUGUCGGAUAAGCAUGGUUGUUUGAGUUGGUUGGAUGAUCAGAAACCGAAUUCGGUGAUAUUCGCGUGUUUCGGAAGCAUGGUGAAAUUCCCAGAGGCUCAGAUUACUGAAAUCGCGUUAGCGCUUGAAGAAUCGAAGCGCCCGUUUAUUUGGGUUGUGGGUAAGACGGGAAGCGAAGGGAUCGGUGGGUUACCAGACGGGUUUGAAGAGAGAAUCAAGAGUAAAAACAUAGGUUUGGUUAUAACGGGGUGGGCCCCGCAAGUGGAGAUUCUACAACAUCCUGCGGUCGGAGGGUUUUUGACACACUGUGGUUGGAACUCAGUACUUGAAGCCGUGGUGUUCGGCGUGCCAUUGAUCACAUGGCCGUUGUAUGCGGAGCAUUUUUACAACGAGAAGCUAGUGGAGCUUUUAGGGAUCAAUGUGAGGGUUGGGGCGGACGUUUGGAACUUGACUCAUGAUAUUAGUAGUCCGAUAAUAGAGAAACAGGGAAUUAUAGAGGCUAUUGAGCUUUUAACAAGCGAGUCAGUCAAAGCGGAAAGUAUUAGACAAAACUCAAAGGAGUUGGCCAUAACAACCAAAAGAGUCGUUGAAGAAGGUGGUUCUUCGGUCAACAGUUUAAUGGCUUUGAUAGAAGAACUCAAAGCCGUUAAAUUAACCCCAAAGCCCUAGUGUUCUCCGUUUAAAGUUUCACACAAAGUUUCCAUAUUGCAUGAUCGCUCUAUAUGUUUCAUAUAUAGUUAUUAUUUCAUUAAGAUGUUUUCAAUCAUCACGGUAUAAAUAAAACAAUCAUUAUGAUCUAA